UACUUUUAUUAAUAUAGAGUUUUAGCCGCGAGUGGUCACGACUCGCGAGCAAUCCAUCUGAUCAAAGUACAACGAAGUACCGGACAGUACCGGAUUAUAUCCAUGCUUACGUCGAUCAAUAUCGAUCUCCGACGCUCGUCUUGCUAGAUUCCACGUUUGAAAGGGACGAUCGAUCGCAUUAACAAACUUGAAAGUUGCAGGUAAAGAGACGGAUAGAGACGUAUGUUCGUGUGUAUCUCCCAUUGUGUACUGUACCCGUGUACCGUGCGCGUACGUAGAGAAUAGAAAUCUGAUGUGACACGUACAAUAGGCAAACAUCCGUAAGCAGCUGUCGCUCUCGCUAUCGUCGCAGCCAGGGCCAGCACACACGUUUGUAUGCGUACGUCGAGCCGUGAGCGAGGCGCUUCGGAACACUCUGCUCGGAUCUCUUUUGCAUGGUGCAUACAUUCUAAGAAAACAUGCCUCUGUUUGGAAAGUCUCAAAAGAGUCCAGCAGAAGUUGUGAAGGCCCUCAAGGAGGCGGUAAAUGCAUUGGAGCGCGGCGACAAGAAGGUAGAGAAGGCGCAAGAAGAUGUAAGCAAGAAUCUAGUGCACAUCAAAAACAUGUUAUACGGCACGGCUGAGACAGAGCCACAGGCAGACAUCGUGGUGGCACAGCUGGCGCAGGAAUUGUAUAACAGCAAUCUACUACUUCUGCUUGUGCAAAAUUUAAGUCGCAUUGACUUUGAGGGAAAGAAGGAUGUCGCACAGGUCUUCAAUAACAUUUUGCGAAGGCAAAUUGGAACUAGAUCACCCACCGUAGAAUACAUAUGUACCAAACCUGAAAUUCUUUUUACACUCAUGUCUGGUUAUGAGCACCAAGACAUUGCACUCAACUGUGGCACAAUGUUACGAGAGUGCGCAAGAUAUGAAGCCCUGGCCAAAAUCAUGAUCUACUCGGAUGACUUUUAUAAUUUUUUCAGAUAUGUUGAAGUUUCUACGUUCGAUAUCGCAUCUGAUGCUUUCUCUACGUUUAAAGAAUUACUCACGAGGCACAAAAUACUCAGCGCCGAAUUUUUAGAGAUACAUUACGAUAAAGUUUUUUCACACUAUCAGAGGUUACUCAAUUCAGAAAACUAUGUAACACGACGACAGAGUUUAAAACUGUUGGGCGAGCUAUUACUCGAUAGACACAAUUUUACAGUUAUGACACGAUAUAUAUCAAAUCCAGAUAAUUUAAAAUUGAUGAUGAACAUGCUGAAGGAAAAGUCUCGCAAUAUACAAUUUGAGGCUUUUCAUGUUUUCAAGGUAUUUGUGGCGAAUCCCAACAAACCAAAACCUAUUCUAGACAUAUUGCUCCGCAAUCAGGAGAAGCUGAUAGAGUUCCUGACGCGCUUCCACACGGAUCGUUCCGAGGACGAGCAGUUCAAUGACGAGAAGGCGUAUCUGAUUAAGCAGAUCAAAGAACUUAAGUCUGUACAUGAUAAUUAAGUCAAGGAAAUACAAUUAUUGCUACCGCUA